AUGGAGGAAGUAGCUGAAGGGCGUGGGGGAACUAAUGGGCAUGCUACGUGGACAUCAGCAAUGUCUGCUUUAAUGCUCUCUCACCUCAAUGAUUUGGUGGCUGAUGGUUUGAAGACAUCAAAGGGCUUUAAGAAACACCUUUUCAAUGGUUGUGCUAGGGCUAUCAAUGAGAAGUUUACCACAAGGUUCACUGGUGAGCAAGUCAAGAAUCAUUUGAAAACCUGGCAGAAAAGGUAUGCAAAGAUAAAUAGAUUGAAGAAAUUGAGUGGUGCCCUCUUUGAUGAAGAAAACUGCAUGAUUACACUAGAUGAGGAGCACUACAACGGCCAUGUCCAUGAUCACAAGGCUGAUGCUGAGUUCUUGAACAAGCCCCUCUUGCACUACAAAGAGAUGGAGGCAAUAUUUGGCAAUACCAUGGCUACUGAAAACUUUGCAAAAGACUCAAGUGCACCUCUAGGUAGGGAAGGUGAUGAGGUUGAAAGUCAAGAAGAGGGGGAUGAGGUUAAUGGGCAUGGUCCAAGUGAUGGGCCUAGCACUCAAGGGGCAACAUCUUCUGCUAGUAGACCAAGUAAGAAGGCCAAGGUAGCUGAAAUGGAGGAGGAUGGGCUGGUUGCUGCUUUCAAAAGUGUAGGUGAGAACCUUGCCGCUGCCAUAAAAUUGGUUGCUAAACCUGAUAAUGAGCUGCCAGAUGACCUAUUUGACAUCUUGAACCAACUUCCUGGUUUUAAUUCAGCACACAUAUCUUUCUACUAUGCUCAUUUGGUGGCAAAUCCUCACAUUGGCAGAGCUUUCUAUAAACUGCCAUUUGAGCACAAGUUAAAUUGGGUCACAAUGUUCAUCGCUGAGAAGUUCCCUGGAAUGUAA